AUGCCGUGCCCUCUUCUACAGGAUCACUGCCAACCUACCAAUGCCGUGCCCUCUUCUACAGGAUCACUGCCAACCUACCAAUGCCGUGUCCUCUUCUACAGGAUCACUGCCAACCUACCAAUGCCGUGUCCUCUUCUACAGGAUCACUGCCAACCUACCAAUGCCGUGUCCUCUUCUACAGGAUCACUGCCAACCUACCAAUGCCGUGUCCUCUUCUACAGGAUCACUGCCAACCUACCAAUGCCGUGCCCUCUUCUACAGGAUCACUGCCAACCUACCAAUGCCAUGUCCUCUUCUACAGGAUCACUGCCAACCUACCAAUGCCAUGUCCUCUUCUACAGGAUCACUGCCAACCUACCAAUGCCGUGCCCUUUUCUACAGGAUCACUGCCAACCUACCAAUGCCGUGCCCUCUUCUACAGGAUCACUGCCAACCUACCAAUGCCAUGUCCUCUUCUACAGGAUCACUGCCAACCUACCAAUGCCGUGUCCUCUUCUACAGGAUCACUGCCAACCUACCAAUGCCGUGUCCUCUUCUACAGGAUCACUGCCAACCUACCAAUGCCGUGCCCUCUUCUACAGGAUCACUGCCAACCUACCAAUGCUGUGUCCUUUUCUACAGGAGUACUGCCAACCUACCAAUGCCGUGUCCUCUUCUACAGGAUCACUGCCAACCUACCAAUGCCGUGUCCUCUUCUACAGGAUCACUGCCAACCUACCAAUGCCGUGCCCUCUUCUACAGGAUCACUGCCAACCUACCAAUGCCGUGCCCUUUUCUACAGGAUCACUGCCAACCUACCAAUGCCGUGCCCUCUUCUACAGGAUCACUGCCAACCUACCAAUGCCGUGCCCUCUUCUACAGGAUCACUGCCAACCUACCAAUGCCAUGUCCUCUUCUACAGGAUCACUGCCAACCUACCAAUGCCGUGCCCUCUUCUACAGGAUCACUGCCAACCUACCAAUGCCGUGCCCUCUUCUACAGGAUCACUGCCAACCUACCAAUGCCGUGCCCUCUUCUACAGGAUCACUGCCAACCUACCAAUGCCGUGCCCUCUUCUACAGGAUCACUGCCAACCUACCAAUGCCGUGUCCUCUUCUACAGGAUCACUGCCAACCUACCAAUGCCGUGUCCUCUUCUACAGGAUCACUGCCAACCUACCAAUGCCGUGUCCUCUUCUACAGGAUCACUGCCAACCUACCAAUGCCGUGUCCUCUUCUACAGGAUCACUGCCAACCUACCAAUGCCGUGCCCUCUUCUACAGGAUCACUGCCAACCUACCAAUGCCAUGUCCUCUUCUACAGGAUCACUGCCAACCUACCAAUGCCAUGUCCUCUUCUACAGGAUCACUGCCAACCUACCAAUGCCGUGCCCUCUUCUACAGGAUCACUGCCAACCUACCAAUGCCGUGCCCUCUUCUACAGGAUCACUGCCAACCUACCAAUGCCGUGUCCUCUUCUACAGGAUCACUGCCAACCUACCAAUGCCGUGUCCUCUUCUACAGGAUCACUGCCAACCUACCAAUGCCGUGUCCUCUUCUACAGGAUCACUGCCAACCUACCAAUGCCGUGUCCUCUUCUACAGGAUCACUGCCAACCUACCAAUGCCGUGCCCUCUUCUACAGGAUCACUGCCAACCUACCAAUGCCAUGUCCUCUUCUACAGGAUCACUGCCAACCUACCAAUGCCAUGUCCUCUUCUACAGGAUCACUGCCAACCUACCAAUGCCGUGCCCUCUUCUACAGGAUCACUGCCAACCUACCAAUGCCGUGCCCUCUUCUACAGGAUCACUGCCAACCUACCAAUGCCGUGCCCUCUUCUACAGGAUCACUGCCAACCUACCAAUGCCAUGUCCUCUUCUACAGGAUCACUGCCAACCUACCAAUGCCGUGCCCUCUUCUACAGGAUCACUGCCAACCUACCAAUGCCGUGCCCUCUUCUACAGGAGUACUGCCAACCUACCAAUGCCGUGUCCUCUUCUACAGGAGUACUGCAGGUUGUGGUGCAGGUUCUGAGGUAG